UUAACUCUCCACAUCACUACGUGGGCUGGUUGCACCGCGUCACGUGACCCGACGCUAACGCAGCGAUGGAGAAAAGCUAAGGAAGGAAUCUGCCCUGGCAGUGGGUUCCUCUCUACGCACAGUGCUUGUGGAAUGGCAGCAGUUUGGCAGCAGGUGUUGGCAGUGGACGCAAGGUACAAUGCUUACCGCACGCCUACGUUCCCACAGUUCCGAACUCAGUACAUCCGCCGACGCAGCCAGCUGCUCAGGGAGAACGCCAAGUGUGGCUUUGAGCCGGGGCUGCGCAGGCAGUACCUGAGGCUGCGCAGUCAGCUGCUGGCCCUGCGCUACGGGCCCCUGUCCGAGCAGAGCAGCUUCAGGGCCAGCAGUGUGCGCAGCUCCCGCACCACACUGGACCGCAUGGAGGACUUCGAGGAGGACCCCCGCGCCCAAGGGGCUCGUGGCCACCGGCGGUCCGUCAGCAGAGGCUCCUACCAGCUGCAGGCCCAGAUGAACAGAGCCGGGUACGAUGAGAGGCCUCCGGGCAGCUUGGUGCCCACCUCGGUGGCAGAGGCCAGUCGUGCCAUGGCGGGGGACACCACCUUGAGUGAAAACUAUGCUUUCGCUGGAAUGCACCACAUAUUUGACCAACAUGUCGACUCUGCUGUCCCACGGUUGCAGUUUGCUAAUGACGACAAGCAUCUCCUGGCUUGCUGCUCCCUGGAUGGCAGCCUCUCCAUCAUGACGCUGUCCCCGUCCCCCCCCAGUGUGAAGGUGACCCUCAAAGGUCACGGAGGUCCAGUGACGGACUUUGCCUGGUCGUUGAGCAAUGACAUCAUCGUGUCGACGUCACUCGAUGGGACUCUACGGAUCUGGAACACGGGGGAUGGCCGGUGCAUUCGAGAGGUCAGAGAUCCGGAAUCCAGCGAGUUGCUCUGCUGCACCUUUCAGCCCAUGAACAACAACCUCACGGUGGUGGGAAACAGCAAGCACCACCUGCAGGUGGUGAACAUCUCCACAGGGAAGAAGGUGAAGGGGGGCUCCAGUAAGCUGACGGGCCGCGUGCUGUCUCUGUCCUUUGAUGCCCCAGGGAGGAUCCUUUGGGCCGGCGACGACCGGGGCAGUGUUUUUUCCUUCCUCUUUGACAUGGCCACAGGGAAGCUGACCAAAGCCAAGCGUCUGGUGGUGAGCGAAGGCAGCUCCAUCUGCAGCAUAUCUGCUCGGUCCUGGAUCAGCCGAGAGGCCAGAGACCCCUCCCUGCUCAUCAACGCGUGUGUCAAUAAGCUGCUGCUGUACAGGGUGGUGGACAAUGAUGGGACUCUGCAGCUGAAGAGGAGCUUCCCUAUCAAACAAGGGUCCCAGCAUGUACACAGCAUCUUCUGCCCCCUCAUGUCUUUCAGACAAGGGGCCUGUGUGGUGACCGGCAGCGAGGACGCCUGCGUCUACUUCUUCGACGUCGAACGCAACACCAAGGCGAUUGUGAACAAGCUGCAGGGCCACGGGGGACCGGUGCUGGACGUCAGCUUCAACUGCGACGAAAGUUUGCUGGCAUCCGCCGAUUCCACCGGCAUGGUCAUCAUCUGGAGGCGGGAGCAGAAGUGACCGGCCCGCCGUCCAAAAUGGCUCCUUUAACCGUCCAAUAACGAGUCCGCAGGUCUUUCACUGGAAUGUAAACGUUUAACGAUGACUCAAGUGCAAUCAGAUAUAGAACACCGUGCUGUGUAGGUGGUAGGGAUGUUUUGGGGGGGGUUGUGUGUGUGUGUGUGUCGGUACUCCUACAGCUAAGAAUUUUCUUUUUAACACAGCACCACUCCAUGCAUGUGUCAUGGCUGACCUCUGACCCGUACGGGUGUGACCGAAUUCCAUGUUAGGAGGAAGCAACGUAAUCUUCCGGAGAGAACCGGUGCAACAGUUGGUAUCGCACACACACGCCGGCGUAGAUCUAGUUCACUAUUUAUGUAACUGUUAUUCGAGCAGUGUAAUCAAGUGCAGUAAAACCCGCCGUGUUUGCUUUCCGUUCUGCAAUCGCCUGUUUUUUUGCAUUUACGACCAUGUGCAUGACACUGAAGUCGCCACCAGACCACAGGCGCGUCAAAUUGAUCGUCUCUCUUUUUGAAUAUGUGUUUGUACUGAUCCGUGUGCGCUAUUCAGAUCAUGCUGGUUGCAGAUUCAAAUAAUUUAUUGAACGCACAUACUGAAUAAACUACUGGAACUGUCA